AUGCAGCCACUGCUGGAGAAUGAGUCAAGUGUCUUCUUAUUUACACUCUCUGGUCUAAAUGAAACAAUGGAAAACAGAUAUGUGUUUUUUUCUUUAACAGCACUGUUUUAUCCCCUAAUGGUGCUGUGUAAUCUAAUUGUAAUUUUCACUAUAAUAUCACAAAACACACUUCAUGAGCCAAUGUAUAUUUUUAUAUGUAAUUUGUGUGUAAACACACUUUAUGGUACUGCUGGAUUCUACCCUAAAUUUAUGUAUGAUUUAUUAGCUGAAGAUCAUGUGAUUUCUUAUGUUGGAUGUAUGAUUCAGAUAUUUGUUAUUUAUUCAUCUGUUUUAUGUGACCUUUCAACAUUAACAGUGAUGGCAUAUGACAGGUAUGUGGCAAUAUGUAGACCACUGGAGUAUCAUUCAAUAAUGACCAAUCAGAGAGUUCUUGAAUGGAUCCUUUUCUGCUGGCUGACUCCAUUUUUUUGCAUGUCUGUUCUAAUUGUAUUAACAGCUAGACUCACUUUAUGUGGCUCUACUGUUGAAAAGUUAUAUUGUGAGAUUUGGGCAGUUGCAAAACUUUCAUGUUUUUCUACAACAGUAAAUAAUGUGUUUGGGUACAUUGUUAUUAUAGGAUACUUUGGACAUGCAGUAUUGAUAUAUUGCUCAUAUAUUCAAUUGAUUAGAAUGUGCAUAAAGUCAAUAGAGGUCAGGCACAAAUUCAUGCAAACAUGUGUGCCACAUCUGCUCUCAUUGUUCAUUGUGGCUAUUGCAUUGUUGUUUGAUGUAUUGUACAGUCGUUAUGGCUCAAAGAAUGUGCCACAAGGUGUGCGUAAUUUCAUGGCUUUGGAAUUCCUACUCAUAACACCCAUUUUAAACCCCCUUAUUUAUGGACUAAAUCUGUCAACAGUACGGCAACGAGUUAUUAGAUUGUUUUUCAAGAAACAAGUGGGAAUAUCUGAGUGAAUACUCAGUCAAAAGACUAUUCUGUCCUCGUCUGUGGUCUUUAACAUUCUAAGGCAAUAUUUUUUGAGCUUUUAAAAAUGUUUAUAUGGCUGUUGUAGUUAAUUGUCAAACUGUUGUUGUUACAUAUAAGGUAAUAAACCACAAGAGCUUGUGUGUAAGAGUUUUACUUUGAUGGAGGUGUGUUCCGUCUUAGGUAUGAGAUGAAAUGGAAUGACUAAACCACAUUAAAAUCUGUACAGCUUUGACUUACCUAUUGCUUUUUAUAAAAUGGUGCUAACAUUAAUAUGCUGAUAGA